AGAGCGUCUGGAUCCUUCUUUGAGGUCGUCAGUUGCUCCUUCAUCAGUUUUUAAAGACUUUUUCUUCCCAAACGACGUUGCUUUUGUCUCCUAAACGCGGCUGUUGACAUGGAACAGAAUGGAGCCCAGUGAGGAUCCUCAAGACCCCGUUCACUCUGGUCCAAGGGACCACAGCUCUGCAACAAACCGACUGUCCACUAGAGGGCGUAAACGUGACAGUACUGCCCUGACCACUCCUGUAGGGGGCAGCACCUUCAGAGAUCGCUCAAAUGACCAACCCAUAAACUUCAAAAAGCCACGCUGUUUAACUCCUGUAGGGGGCAGCACCUUCAGAGAUCGCUCAAACGACCGUUUCAUACUCUUCAAAAAGCCACAGCGUUUACAAAAACACAGACGCAGAGUCAAGAGCGUCACGGCCAGAGGAAAUGCUCCACCUGCAGCUAACGUGUCAGUCAGAAAGAUGACCACACCCACUGCCUCACUGGCCCCACCUACUCCCUCCCUGGCUCCGCCCACCCCCGCAGUGGUCAGGAGCAAAGCCUGGGCCGAUUACGACGAGGAGGACGACCGCCGCGUGUACGAAGAAGACCCCGCCACUCUGUUCCUGGAGACUGAUCGGCCCCUUUCCCUCUGUACCCCAGACCCCGCCCUCCCCCCUCCAGACCCCGCCCUCCCUCCUCCACACUCCGCCCUCCCCCCUCCACACUCCGCCCUCCCCCCUCCACACUCCGCCCUCCCCCCUCCAGACGCUGCCCUCCCCCCUCAGGAUGUUAUUCUAUGUGGGAGCGAGGAGGAGGCAGACGAGACGCCACAGAGCGAGACUUUGAAGAGGACCCUCCAUUACCUGUUGUCACAAAUCUACAAAGACUUUAUGGACGAAGUAAAAGCAGAACAGAGGAUCGUGCAGCUCCUCCGCAGAGAGGACGAGCGGAGCAGAGAGCAGGACUCUGCUGAACAUCUGGAGAAGCAGGACCUCAUCAGUUUGUUCAGAGACAUCGAGAAAGCGGGAAAAAACAGCCAAUGCACAAGCUCUGAUUAUUUGGGGAUGGGAUUCCAGAUCUCACCGUUCCGUGAGGAGCAGGAUGUGAACAUCGCGCGCUUCCUGUUCCUGAGAGAGGAGGAGGGGCUCAGAGAAGAGACACAGCGUCUCCGUAGAUACCAAACACUCCUGGAGCAGUGGAGCGAGACUUUCACACAAGUACAGCAUGAUGUCUCUGCCUGCGUUGGACGGUUACUGAAGAACAUGUUAAAACAGGUCCACAAAGACAUCGACUACCUCAGUGAGGUGAGGAGGCUUCAGCCCCUGUGUCUGCCCUCCAAACACUUCAGUGGCAUGAGUCCAUCUGCUUUUCGAAAAAUGAAAAAGAGCAUGAUGGAGAAGUUCAGACCGAACAUGGAUGAACUCAGGAGGUGGCAGAUGUAUUGCCCACAUUUGUCUCUCCUCUCGUUCAAAAGCGAUCUCACGCUCACUGUUCUGUGCACGUUUGGGAGGUUCUACCAGAGCAGCAGUAAAAAGGCGAGGCGUUCACUGGCUGCACGAAACACCAGGAAGUGGCUGAGAUGUUUGCACACGAGGACAGCAGGGGGCGCACAGAGGCGGAGCAGGCGCAGGCUCAUAGACAGUGGACUCAAACUCCGCUCUCACGUCACACGUGGCUCUGGUCUCUCUCUGAAACCAGGUGAUCGCACGGACCUCAGCACCUCCAGCGUCUCUCACUCCCAGAGCCUGACUCCAAACUAACCAUAGCCUGUCCACUCAGCCCAUCCGGCUUUCUGUUCCAACGCAGACGCCUCUGGACUCUCGCUCAGAGUGUGUUUAACUGAGAGCUUUGGUGGAGAAGGGUUCAGAGGUCGUCAUCUGGACAAGAUUUUGAAAUUGAGACAUUUGGACUGUGGAGGUCAUUUUCUCUCUGAAGGUUUCUGAGAACGUUUGUCCUCCUGUCCUGAGCUGGAUUAGCCCCGCCCUGUGGGAGGAGCCUGUGGGAGGAGCCUGUGGGAGGAGCUUCUCAGUCCAGUCCCUUCAGAUUCAAAAUGACGUCUUGAGUUGAAACGUCUGUAUUUGAAAAACAGUGUCCAGAUGACGACCACUGAAACGUUUUCUACAAAUGAGGCACAGACUGAGACCUGAUCUCAUGCUGUUUCACAGAGGACUUCAGUGAUGACUCCCUGUGGGGAAGAUUCCAGAUGCUUCUGCUUUUGAACAGAAAGCCAGAUGGGCUGGCUGGCCAGGCUAGCAAACGGGGUAAAGGGGAUAGAGCAACGGAAUCAGUCCCAGGAAACAGGAUCAGGGCUGUGCAUGUGCCAACAGGAAGUCAUGUUAAACUGCACUUAAAAGGAUUUGUGAUUUAUAGUAAUUAUUGUUUAUGAUAACACUAUUUUAAUGCCGCUUAAAAACAAAAAUUUUAAUGAAUAAGUAAGUAGUUUGAAAUACAGCAAAAUACACUGAUGGUGAUCCACUUUCUAAAAAGCAGAUAGGAUUAAUAUUAUUACAAAGGUUUAUCGGGGAUGACGGACAGGCUGCGUAUCAGAGUAAAACUAAGUCCUGUGUUUAUCUCGAGUUUAUUUUUUGUUUCUUUUGCUCGCCAUUUAAAAGUCUGAGCUGGUGACUGUCGUUAAAUUAAAUAAUAUGCCUAAUAACCUUUUGUAUAAGUAAUAAGAGACCAUCUGCUCUGCUGUAGAUCACGUCUUCUCUACGUCUCUUAUUCUGAAACGCUGUGAUCUAGACUUGGAAGAGUUCAUUUUCAAAAAGAGAUAAGAGUUAGAGGCCUUUUGACAUUUUCAAAUGUCUCUUGAUACUGUAAUAUUUUCAAAAGACAAAUGUAUUUUACUGCCGUUAAAAUAUAAUCCUAUCUCUUCUUGAUAAAAUCCACUUUACAUUAUUGUCGUUGCUAAUAUCUCUAGAAGAUGGAAACAAAAAGAAAACUAAAACUUUUUGACAUUUUUUCAAAACACAUCCGAUUGUGCUGUUGAACUCUUCACUCAUUUAUUGUGUUUAAUUCUUUUUUAAAGUAUAAUUACAACCAAUUAUAAAUCUUUUAACUGCAGUUUAAAUAGACUUGGGGUUGGCGCCUGCACAGCCCUGAUCCUGUUUCUUGGUACUGAUCUCAAAGCUUCAGGCACAUCUCCACUGGGGGGCGCUGUGUUGAUUAGGCAGCUAAAGACUUCAGAUAAAGCACUUUAAGUAUUAUCCUCAAUAUAAUAGACACAAGUUUCACUGGCAGAGUGGUUAGCUCUUCUGUCACACAAAAAGAAGGUUAUGAGUUUGAUUCCCGGUCUUGCUUUUGUUGUUUUGUCUGAGGCUAUUCCAUAAUAAAAGUCACAAUAUUCAUCUGAAACGACUUAAUAAACAUCACAAACAGAUGAAUCUCUCCAAACAACUUCAGAGGCUCAAUGAGAAGAAACGACCAGAACACGGAGAAACAUCUGAAACUCAUCUGCUCGAGCUUUUUAUCAGUUCAAUUCUGGUGAUAACAUGAAAGUUGGGUUCAGAAAUAAUUAAAAAUGAAGAGAUUUAAAGAAUAAUAAAAAGAUAACACAUUACACGUAGUUUGUCCGUGUACGUGUUGCCGUAGUGACUCUGGGCACGUGCAGAUCAAAUUUAGACACAAAUUCAGCUCGGACUCAAAUUGGAGAAGGAUAAACUCCAGAAUUUAGAUUUUCUCUAGAUGAAAAACUAUUUAAAAGCAUUUUAUUUGCACAAAACAGAUGUAUUUGUGUUUCUUUUUUUUUUUUCCUCUGAUGAUUUUAUUUCCAGUGUCGUAUGUUUCUGUUUCUGUUUUAUUUAUGGUCUGUUUUGCAUCAUCUCCAUCGGAAGAGACAAUUAUUACAUUUAACAUCUGUUAUUUUUAUCAUUUUUUGCACAUAAUUAUUAAUAAAAAAUAUGUGAAUUUU